AUGGAUGCCAUCGAGACCCUCCUCUCAUGGGCGGAAACUCAAGGGAUCACAGUAUCCAACGUCGGACCCCGCGUCCUCCCUGGACGAGGCAUAGGAAUCGUCGCGACAUCUCCCAUAAAGAAAGACGACACGAUCCUCGACGUCCCCAUCCCCUGCCUGAAAACCAUCUCAACCAUUCCCAAACCCCUGACCCGCCCCUUCCCUAAAGACACCGCCGUCCACGCCCUCCUCGCCCUCGACAUCGCCCUCGACGAUGCCCCCUCCUUCAAGACCUGGUCCGCCGUCUUCCCCACGCCCCAGGACCUCGCUUCGUGCCCGCUCACCUGGCCCGAAGCCCUGACGUCCCUCCUCCCGCCCGCGGCCUCCUCGCUCCUCGCCGCCCAGCGCGAAAAGUUCGAGUCUCACUGGUCCCUGGUCUCCGCCGCCGCGCUCCCUGGCGGCGCCGCCGUCGGUUACGAAGACUACCGCCACGCGUGGCUCCUCGUCAACUCGCGCACCUUCUACCACGUCACCCCCAAGACGGCCAAACGGCACCGCGACGACCACAUGGUCCUCCAGCCCGUCGCCGAUCUUCUCAACCACGCCCCGCGCGGCUGCUCCGUCGCCUUCGACGCCCGUUCCUUCACCAUUCUCGCCGACAGGGACUACAGCCCCGGCGACGAGAUCCACAUCUGCUACGGCCGCCACAGCAACGACUUCCUCCUCGUCGAGUACGGCUUCGUCAUGGCUCCCGGCGAAAAUGACUGGGACGAGGCGUGCCUCGACGACGUCCUCCUCCCGCGGCUGAGCGACGCCCACCGGCGACGCCUCGAGGAGAGGGGGUUUCUUGGCAAGUACAUGCUCGACGCCGAGACGGUGUGCUACCGGACCCAGGUGGCGCUGCGGACCCUGGUGCUGCCGCCGAGGCGGUGGGCCCAGUUCGUCGACGGUUUCGCCGACGGCGAGGCCGAGCAGCCCGAGGUUGACGAGCUGUUGCGCGAGGUGCUCGCGGCGUACGAUGUCGAGAUCGGGACCAGGAUCGAGACCGCAGGGGCGCUGGACGAGGGAGAGGAGUUCCAGAGGCAGAUGGUCGUGGCACGCUGGAAGCAGAUACAGGGGCUGGUGCGCGCCACGAUACGGAAGCUAGACACAUGA